AUGAUGCUCAAGGUUGUGAGGUACUCUGCACCGUCCUAUAGGGUGCUCAUCAAGAUGCGAUUCCUGAACCUCAAGGGAGGAGAUAUGCCUAUGAUGGCUUUUGGAGCUUCCUGCCCCGCAAUUAAAGUCUCCGCGCCGGUUUCUAUGACAAACAUCACGAGCGCCAACGCUGCACGCCAUAAGCGUUACAGCUUUGCUUACGACCAGUGGAUCAAUGCGGUGAAGGAGGCUGAUGCGCGCGCUGCUUUGGCUAGUGUUGUGACGUCAUCGCAUGUGGUUGUAGGGCAAAAGCAGAACCUGUUCGCUCUCUGCGGGAAGGUUGUGAAGGUGAAGUAA